AUGUCACCUCCGCUGGUGACGGAGCUCCUGUCCGGGAUGCGGGUGGUGAAGUUUUACACGUGGGAGGAGCAUUUUGCCCAUCUGGUGUCUACGUUACGAGCGCGAGAGCUGCGCAGUCUUCGUGCUAUUAAGCUUCUGGACGCGGUGUGUGUUUACCUGUGGGCGGCGCUGCCCGUCCUUAUAUCCAUCAUCACAUUCAUCACCUAUGUGUUGCUUGGACACCAGCUGACUGCGGCUAAGGUGUUCACCUCCUUGGCUCUGGUGGGGAUGUUAAUUUUGCCCCUCAAUAACUUCCCCUGGGUACUGAAUGGAGUUUUGGAGGCCAAGGUGUCCCUGGAGCGGGUGGAGAGCUUCCUGGGGCUCCCGGAGCAGGACCUGCUGCGCUACUACCGGGUGGAAGCUCCUUCUAGAAAUGGACGUCUGGCGGUGGAGAUGAGGAACGCCACCUUCUCCUGGGGGUCAGAGGUCAAGGAAUCCGGAUCCUUCACCCUCUUUAUCCAGCAGCUGUCUGUGAAGGAGGGCGCGCUGCUGGCGGUUGUCGGGAAGGUUGGCUGCGGGAAGAGCUCUUUACUCUCCGCGAUCACCGGAGAACUUGGCAGGCUAGGCGGAGACUUGUUUGUCGCCCACCAGGAGUUUGGAUUUGGGUUUGUAGCUCAGGAGUCAUGGAUCCAGUUCGCCACCAUCCGAGAGAACAUCCUGUUUGGGAAGAAGUACAACGAGCGCCUGUACAAGGAGGUGCUGGAGGCCUGCGCCCUGAGCCCGGACCUUAGUAUUUUGCCAGCUGGUGACCAGACGGAGGUCGGGGAGAAUGGCGUGACAUUAAGUGGAGGGCAGAAGGCUCGGGUAAGCCUGGCCCGGGCUGUAUAUCAGGAGAAGGACAUUUACCUCCUGGAUGACCCCCUGGCCGCAGUAGACACAGAUGUGGCCGCUCACCUCAUGGACAGAUGCAUUCUGGGUAUUCUCAGACACAAGACAAGGAUCCUCUGCACCCACCGCACCGAACUGCUGGAGAAAGCGGACGUCAUCGUACUGAUGGAGGGCGGCGAAAUUGUGUGCACCGGUCCACCAGAAGAAGUCUUACCUCGGGUGCAGAAAUCUCCUAAUAGGGGUUCCUGCGGUCAGACCCUCCACGAUCAGUUAUCCAGCGGGAGUCCUGAGAGUUUGGAGGAUGGAGACAAGGGACCACUAGCAGCUCCAGGCUCGGGGAUGAAGAAGGAGGAGGAGAAGAAGGAAGGGGCUGUGUCCCUGCAUGUGUAUGUGGUAUAUUGGAGAGCCGUCGGGGCCACCCUGGGGGCCUCCGUGCUCCUGGCGUUACUCUUCAUGCAGGCUUCCAGGAACGUCUCUGACUGGUGGUUGUCCUUCUGGAUCACCCGCUUACCAGACGCCCCCCAGAACUCCUCUAUGGUGAUGGUAACCCCUCCGGUGCUGACGCCAUCGCUGCUGCUGUUUUCUGCUGGAGGUCUUGUGGCCCCGAUGAGCUGGGAGCAGUCCAUGGGGCCGAACACCUCUGUGGGCAUCAGCUUCUAUCUGUCAGUGUACGGGGGGAUUGCAGCAGCAAAUUCCGUCUUUACUGCCCUCCGCGCCCUGCUCUUCGCACUUGGAACAGUUCGCGCAGCUACAGUGAUCCACGAGCGCCUGUUACAGAGGGUCCUAAGGGCCACGGUCACCUUCUUUGACAGUACACCUGCUGGUCGCAUUAUUAACCGCUUCUCCUCUGACCUUUACUGUGUGGAUGACUCGCUGCCCUUCAUCCUGAACAUUUUUCUGGCCAACGUGUUUGGUCUGCUGGGAAUGCUGGUGAUGAUCAGCUACGGGCUGCCGCUGAUCAUGCCCAUACUGGUGCCCCUGGCCAUCCUGUACUACUAUAUCCAGCGUUAUUACCGCCAUACAUCGCGGGAGCUGAAGAGGCUGCAGAGCGUCACCCUGUCCCCCAUCUAUAGCCACUUCUCAGAGACCCUGACCGGCUUGACCACCAUCCGGGCCACACGCCAUGCUGACAGGUUUGCAGAGGAAUGUGAAUCUCGGAUGGAGCUGAACCAGCGCUGCCUGUUUGCCUGUAACACAGCUGUGCAGUGGUUAGACAUCCGUCUGCAGAUGAUUGGAGUAGUAGUGGUUACUGCUAUUGCCAUCAUUGCAUUAAUCCAGCACCAGAGAAGCUCUGGAGAUCCAGGGUUGGUGGGACUGUCUCUUUCAUACGCGCUCUCCAUCACCGGUUUACUGUCCGGACUUAUCUCCAGCUUCACACAGACGGAGGCCAUGAUGGUCAGUGUGGAGCGAGCAGAGGAGUACGCCACCACGCUUCCCUCCGAGCCCACCCAGGGCACCGUGACGGUGCAGCCGGAGUGGCCCCAGCGAGGAAGCAUUGAGUUCAGAGACGCAGUUCUGUGUUAUCGGCGGGGUCUUCCCAAUGCUCUGGACGGGGUAAGUUUCACCAUCCGUGCGGGGGAGAAGAUUGGCGUUGUGGGACGGACGGGCUCAGGGAAGUCCACUAUGUUCUUGGCGCUGUUCAGGAUGAUGGAGCUGAACUCUGGCCUCAUCCUCAUUGAUGAUGUGUCCACCCGAGAGCUGAGCCUGGACAUACUAAGGUCGCGGCUGGCCAUCAUCCCCCAGGAUGCCUUCCUACUGAGUGGGAGCGUGCGGCAGAACCUGGACCCUCUGUCCCAUCACACUGACGAGGAGCUGCAGGAUGUACUGGGCCAGUGCCACCUGCAGGACCUGGUGUCACGCAUAGGAGGCCUGAGCGCUGACGUUGGGGAGAGAGGGAAGAACUUCUCCCUGGGGCAGAGGCAGCUCCUGUGUCUGGCCCGAGCUCUGCUAACUGAAGCCAAGGUUCUCUGCAUCGAUGAGGCCACUGCCAGCGUCGACCACCAGACGGACCACCUGCUGCAGGCGACCAUCCGCCAGAGAUUUCGGGAGCGCACCGUUCUCACCAUCGCACACAGGCUGCACACGAUCAUGGACUCUGACCGGGUGCUGGUGAUGCAUGCUGGGAAAGUGGCAGAGUUCGACUCCCCUAGAAUCCUGAGCAGCAACAGAGAUUCACACUUCUACCGGCUAAUACACAGCGCCAACUCAGAAUGAUGAUGGACAGCGCCGUGACAAUACUGCACUGCUAUGAGGCAGUACCGGCAGCGCAACACUACUGAUUAGGAUGUGCAGCGGUGACAGUACUGCUAAUGAUGUGCAGCGGUGACAGUACUGCUAAUGAUGUGCAGCGGUGACAGUACUGCUAAUGAUGUGCAGCGGUGACAGUACUGCUAAUGAUGUGCAGCGGUGACAGUACUGCUAAUGAUGUGCAGCGGUGACAGUACGGGUUUGACAAUGGCAGUACAGAUGGAUAAAUGUGACGCUGUGUGGUGGGGACAGUACAGGUGACGCUGUGUGGUGGGGACAGUACAGGUGACGCUGUGUGGUGGGGACAGUACAGGUGACGCUGUGUGGUGGGGACAGUACAGGUGACGCUGUGUGGUGGGGACAGUACAGGUGACGCUGUGUGGUGGGGACAGUACAGGUGACGCUGUGUGGUGGGGACAGUACAGGUGACGCUGUGUGGUGGGGACAGUACAGGUGACGCUGUGUGGUGGGGACAGUACAGGUGACGCUGUGUGGUGGGGACAGUACAGGUGACGCUGUGUGGUGGGGACAGUACAGGUGACGCUGUGUGGUGGGGACAGUACAGGUGACGCUGUGUGGUGGGGACAGUACAGGUGACGCUGUGUGGUGGGGACAGUACAGGUGACGCUGUGUGGUGGGGACAGUACAGGUGACGCUGUGUGGUGGGGACAGUACAGGUGACGCCGUGUGGUGGGAUCAGUACAGGUGACGCCGUGUGGUGGGAUCAGUACAGGUGACGCCGUGUGGUGGGAUCAGUACAGGUGACGCCGUGUGGUGGGAUCAGUACAGGUGACGCCGUGUGGUGGGGACAGUACAGGUGACGCCGUGUGGUGGGGACAGUACAGGUGACGCCGUGUGGUGGGGACAGUACAGGUGACGCCGUGUGGUGGGGACAGUACAGGUGACGCCGUGUGGUGGGGACAGUACAGGUGACGCCGUGUGGUGGGGACAGUACAGGUGACGCCGUGUGGUGGGGACAGUACAGGUGACGCUGUGUGGUGGGGACAGUACGGGUGACGCUGUGUGGUGGAGUAGGUACAGGCGGUAUAAUAUUUGUGUGUCUGAUAUUUCCUGCUGCACGUUAUCUCUCAGGGAGGGGCUUCUCUGCUCUUUUAACGGUGUAAAUAUUGUUGAUUCUUAUAAACAUUGUUAUGACGGUC